AUGGUUACAACUACGGGUAAAACCUUUAGACUUCGUCUGGUUGCGGACCAUGACAAAAUUGCGGUGGACGGCGAGGACGUUUCAUUUGUUACGGUCGAGGUCGUGGACUCUGACGGCAAUGUGGUGCCCUUGGUAAAUGACAGGAUAUCAGGGUCCGUCACAUCUGGGCCGGGCAAGGUCGUUGCCACAGAGAAUGGGCAUCCGGCGGACUUUACCGAGUUUACAUCCCAAGACCGGAAGGCAUUUCAUGGUGUACUGUUGGCGAUCGUCAAGUAUCACAAUGCAAGGGACUCUGUUAUCACAGCAAACAGCACCGAAAUGAAGUCUGCGAGUCUUUCUUUGGUAGCGACUUAA